AUGCCUACCGACAUUAGGAACUUCUUCGGUGGCCAGGGCUCUAGUGCGUCUCCCGCGAAACCGCCAGCAAAGAAAGAGGAUGCAUCAACCGCUAGGAAGAAACGAAGCAGAAAGGUGGUCGAUGACAGUGAUGAAGAAGAGGAAUUAAAACCCAAGUCACCUGCGCCAAAGUCAAGGGCAACGAGCACGCCUAAACCAGCUGAGUCCCAGGGCCAGCCGACAACCACUUCGGACUAUUUUGCGUCCUCAAAAAGGAAAACAAAACCUGGCAAAAGCGAAGACGUGACGAAGACUAAGGAGGUCCGGCCUUCUGAUACUGCAUCUCUCAAUGGCCGUGACGCUGAGGACGCUUCUGAAACGAAGAACAAAAAGACCGCCGACCAAUCACCCAGACAACGCUCUCGCAGGACGGCCAAGAAGAGCACAGUUGUUCUGGACGACGACGAUGGCUUAGGAAAUGAUGACAUUUUCGCGACAGACUAUCGAAAACCAGGUAAAUACGACGACGACUACGUUGAAGAGGAUGAGCACGACGGAGAUGAUGACUAUGAGGAAAUGGAAGUCAAACCGGCCAGUGCGGCUUCCGGCAAGUCAUCGCGCAGAAAGAACGCCAGUGCAGCCGAGUCAGCCGACGUGGCCAUGAAGGACGCACCAGCAGAACCCGAAAGAGCCUCGCGCACAGGCCAGAAACGAAAGUCUGCGGCCGUUGACCGGGAUGGAGAUUACGAGGAUUGUAAAACCUCGGAAGGUCCUGUGCGCGCAAGAGCAGCCCCAUCGGCGCCCGCUGCCAAGAAACAGAGAGGAGCGGCUACUAAAAAGGACGAGCCUGAGAGCAAGGAAAUCCAGGAUAUAUUCGACAGCAUACCGACCAUCAAACCACCCUCCCCACCACCGCCAUCAGGUGAGAAGGCGAAAUUCAACUUUGCUGCUACGCAAAGAUCGCGAGAUCCUGUAGCAGGCGGGACCGCAGAAUUGCCCGUUGGCGCUGAAAACUGCCUGGCUGGAUUAUCAUUUGUCUUCACGGGUGUUCUUGAUACCCUCGGUCGCGAAGAAGGACAGAACUUGGUCAAAAAGUACGGUGGCAAAGUUACCACAGCACCUAGCUCAAAAACCAGCUAUGUGGUUUUAGGAAGCGAUGCUGGACCCAACAAGCUCAAAAAGAUUCAGGAGCACAACUUGAGAACUAUCAAUGAGGAAGGGCUGUUUGAACUUAUCCGCCGACUCCCUCCCAAUGGUGGGGACUCAAAGGCAGCUGAGAAACAUGCGGCGAAGAAGAAAGUCGAAGAGGUCAAAAUCAAAGCAAUGGCCGCUGAAAUGGAAGCAGAAGAGAAGCGGAAGCUCAAGGCUAAGGGAACAAUGACACCUAAAGCAUCUGCAGGGUCUCAAGCUCCCUCGGCGUUUCAAGGCGCCAAGGUUGAUGACCAGCUAUGGACUACGAAAUAUGCCCCGACGGCCAUGAAUAUGAUAUGCGGCAACAAGGGUGCUGUUGAGAAGCUCCAAACUUGGCUUCAUAAUUGGCACAAGAAUGCCAAGUUCAACUUUUCAAGGCCUGGAAAAGAUGGGUCUGGGGUCUAUCGCGCCGUGAUGAUCCAUGGACCUCCUGGGAUAGGGAAAACGACGGCAGCGCAUCUGGUAGCUAACCUUGAAGGCUAUGACGUCGUCGAAACGAACGCGAGUGAUACAAGGAGUAAGAAGCUCGUGGAAAGCAAUCUUCUGGAUAUCUUAGACACAACCUCCCUGCAAGGUUAUUUUUCCGGCGAAGGCAAGAAGAUCGAGAGCACGAAAAAGAACCUGGUUCUCAUAAUGGAUGAAGUUGACGGAAUGUCUGCUGGAGAUCGAGGUGGUGUGGGCGCUUUGGUUUCCCUGGCGAAGAAAACCCACAUACCCUUGAUUCUAAUCUGCAACGAGCGAAGGUUGCCGAAAAUGAAGCCCUUCGAUCACGUCACUUAUGAGUUGCCGUUCAGGCGCCCGACAGCCGAACAAAUCAGAGCCAGACUCUCGACUAUCUGCUUCAGGGAAGGCUUAAAGAUUCCACCCCCGGUAUUGGAUAGUCUCAUUGAAGGAACCAACGCCGAUAUUCGGCAAGUCAUCAACAUGCUUUCCACAGUCAAAUUAGACCAGCAACAUCUUGACUUUGACAAAGGAAAAGAGAUGUCCAAAGCAUGGCAGAAGCAUGUGAUCCUGAAGCCGUGGGACAUUGUCAGCAAGAUCUUAAAUGCCCAGACCUUCUCUCCCAGCUCUAAAACCACUCUGGGUGACAAAAUCGAGCUGUACUUCAAUGAUCACGAGUUCAGUUAUCUGAUGCUUCAAGAGAACUACCUGAGAACCAGACCAACGCUAGCUGGCAAUUACCAGGGCAAGGAACAGAAGCUGAAACUGCUUGAAUUGGCGGACAAUGCUGCCUCUAGUAUCAGUGAUGGCGAUCUGGUCGAUAGGAUGAUUCAUGGAACGCAGCAGCAAUGGAGCCUUAUGCCGACUCAUGCUGUGUUCAGUUUUGUUCGCCCCGCAAGCUUUAUUUACGGCAAUAUGGUGGAGCGGCCCGGUUUCACCAGCUGGCUGGGGCAGAACAGUAAACAAGGGAAACUCUGGCGUUAUGUCAAGGAAAUUCAAGGCCACAUGCGUCUUCGUGCUUCUGGUGACCGCGAUGAGAUCAGACAGCAAUACAUCCCGCUCCUCUGGAACAAAUUGGUUCGCAGAUUGAUGGAUGAAGGCAAAGACAGCGUUGAAGACGUCAUUGACUUCAUGGACAGUUAUUUCCUCACGCGCGACGACUGGGAUGCUCUCGUCGAGCUUGGCCUGGGUCCUAUGGACGAGUCCAACGUCAAGCUGGAAACACAAACAAAAGCCACCUUUACACGUUUAUACAACCAGCGAUCGCAUCCACUGCCAUUCAUGAAAGCCAGCAGUGUUGCGGCUCCGAAGAAGAUGGCGAAGGAAAAGCCUGACAUCGAAGAUGCCAUUGAUGAAUCGGAUGAGGCAGAGGUCCUCGAAGAUGACGCACAGGAUAACGAUGAAAACGAAGAACUUGAUCUGAAGAAGGACAAGUAUGUCCGUGUGCCCAAGAAAUCAGCGGCGCAGAAAGGCGCGUCAGGCAAAGGCAAAAAGGGUAAAAAAGCGAACCCCGACGACGAUUUUAUCGACGAUGACGAAAAGCCUAAGAAAGGAAAAGGCCGAAAGACUAAGGCAAAGGCCUGA